UUUUUUUUUUUAAUCAGCCUCUCCAAAAGUGUGUCUGCAACAUUACCAAAACGAAACCUUCCCUUGUGGAUUCCCACUACUUUGUUCUGUUUGGUUUGUUUAUUGGUUUAUAAAUUAAAUGUUUGGGGCACAAACAGAGCAGUAAUUUGUGUAUUCGUUGAUUUUGGAUUGAGAUGGAAAGAGAUUUUCUGGGUAUGAGCGACAAGCAAUAUCUGGGUGAUGUGAAGCGCGAGGUUAACGAUGAUGGUGUCGGAGAACGAGGUUUGAGCAAGAAGGUAGCUAGACAAUGGGGAAAGGGAAAGCUCUUUUUUAAUUCAAAUUUCAUGCCUGCUGCUGCAGAUUUCCAGGAGGCAAAGGCGUUUCCCGGGUCAUACCAAUGGGGGUCAGUUUCCACGGCCAGCAGCGUUUAUCGUAGAGGCCAACUUGGCGGUGCGUUUCAGAACGCGAAUCCGCUUUUACUUGGCGGAUCAGUUCCCUUGACAAACCACUCUUCUCUCCGUCCUGCUUUCAAUUCUCCCGCGGAUCCACGAGUGGCUUCCUCAGGAUCAUCUCAUCAGCUAACUAUCUUGUAUGCCGGAACUGUUAGCGUCUUUAAUGACAUAUCUCCAGAUAAGGCUCAAGCCAUCAUGUUAUGUGCUGGGAACGGUUUGGGAAAUCCGAGAGGUGAAAAUGGAGAGAGCAGCCUGAAGAAACCGCUUGGGGAAGCUGAAAGAAUCUAUGGAAAACAAACCCAUAACGUUGUUGUUGCUGCUGCUGCAUCAUCAAGCUCUGCCACUAACUCUGAUCAUAGUUUCCCUAGGUGUAGGGACAACAACACCGUCGCUGCGACUAAUGCAAUGAGCAUGAUCGAAUCAUUCAAUGCAGGACCUGGCAAUAUGAUUCCUUCAGUUCCUCAAGCUCGUAAAGCAUCGUUGGCUCGGUUCUUGGAGAAGCGCAAAGAGAGGCUCAUGAGUGCUAUGCCAUACAAGAAGAUGCUUCUUGAUUUGUCGACCGGAGAAUCCACUGGAAUGAAUUACUCUUCUACUUCACCUGCCUAAAACCACCUUCCUCUUCUUCGUUUUAUAUACCUCUCUCAGGUUUUUUUUUUUACGAAAAGUAAUUUGUAAUGUAAUCAAUUGAUAUUUUACUAUAGAAGGAGAUGGCGUUAGACGUCUGUGUAUUUGAGGAGCAAUGGUUUAGUCUGUUAUUGUAGGAUUACUUCAUUACCUUAAACACUAACAGAUACUCCUUUGUAUGUCAGACUGUCAAGAAUUUAAGACCGUAUGAAAAUCACUAUUGUGUUAUUAUUA